GUACUGGUGGGGGUAGUGAGUCUACCUCUCGUGUCAAACGGGUUGGACUUCGUGUGUCCGCCCGCAUACCAUUAGAUUUCUAUCCUUUUCAAUGAAAAUACAUGUAAACGGUGUUAUCGCUAAGUGAACAUUAGUUUCUUUAAAUGGUUUUACCAUACUUUAUUAUCUAAACGUCAUUUCAAUACUUUCGGUAAAGAACAGAAUUGACCAUUUGCGCGAACGAGGUGGUUAAGGGUCAGCUUAUAAACGAAUUACCAAAAGGUAGAACGUGUGAAGGUCAACUGCAAUACUUUUUAAGAGGCGCGCCACAAUUUUCGCGCCUUCCUUGAGAAGAGAAAGAGAAAGCAGAGGGAGAGGGUGGGGGUGACGAAGAGCGGAAACGAUAAAAAAAGAAAAAAAAGAAAGCUAGAGGAGAAAGAAGAUAUAUAUUGUUCGACGAUUGCUGCAAGGAAAAGUGAAAAAUUAUCAAAAGUGAUAUGUCGGCCCUCGAAAGCGCAUUGGAUGUCCUAUCUAGAGCUGCUACUAUGGUACAAGAAGGUGGACCCAAAACAAUAGAUUUGCAUCGUAGGCAAAGUAGUACGAGACGUAAGGAACGUCGAAUGGACCCUAUUCAAAACGAAGCACUUGACAUGUCUACGAAUAAAACCGUCACUACGACGUACCACAGACCCAGUAUAAUCAUAUCUCCUACGUCGCAGUCUGUAAGAACAAACGAUUGGGAUACGAUAAAUAGGUCAGAAUCAUCAUCCUCAAAUGACACCAGUAACGGCAGGAAAACGUGCAGCAUUUAUGAUUCAGCGAUAGACGAACACUUUAAAAGAUCCCUAGGUGCUGAAAAAUACGCGGCAGUUUUUCAUGCCACCGGUGCUGACAAAGAAAUUGGUUUAAGUGUCGACGAUCACUUCGCAAAAUCGUUGGGUGAUAAAUGGACGACGUUGAAGGAGCCAGUGAAUGGAAGAAGUUCCUCUAAUCACGUAUCAGUUCCCGCGGGAGACAUCAAUUCCUUCCCUUCCUUUCAUUAUUGCCCUUCUUGCGUUUUCCCCGAUAAGGUUGGACCACCAUAAUGGAACUUCUUUUUGCUUUUGACUGGUUACACGGAUAUGGGUAGAAAUGUUUUAUGCGUUUACCCGUACGCUAAAUAUUUUAGAGAAUGAUUUUUUAUCAUUAAUAUAGUGUAUAUAGUAGAAUAUUUUCGUAGCUCGCGCCAUUUGUUGAAGUUAUUAUUAUUAUUAUUAUUAUUAUUAUUAUUAUUAUUAUUAUUAUUAUUAUUAUUAUUAUUAUUA